AUUGUAAUAAGUAAAGAAAUUCUUUCGUAAAAUCAAGAAGGCAACAAAGUACGACAAAGUGAAGAGAAACAAAAGAGUGUGAAGACAAAAAUAUGAUGCGAUCGAUAUUUAUUAUUUUCUUGAUGACUCAAUGGACGAAGUCAAUUUUUGCGACGGAAACUUCAUUCGACACAAUAAGUGACGAUAGUGAAAAGUUAAUGGAACAUUAUGUUGCUGUUGGCUUCGAUAACAGUGACAGUUUCAUUGAAGAAUUGACAACGGUUAACUAUGAAACAAAGCCUGAAACAAUCCCACCAAUUUUUAUUCCUACUCUUUCAACUCAACAACAACAAGAUCCGAUAGUUUCGUCUGUAAAUUCAUUACUGACAAAGCUUUUCAAUGCAGAACCCACAGAGACGAUUGAAGCAUUAACGGAAGUCCCUUUAAUAUCAAAUGAUCCUAUUCAAGAUGACAUACCGGAAAUUAGCUUGAAAAAGUCUACUUUCAAAUCGAUAAAGCCAAGAUUAUUAGAUCAGAAAAGAGAGGAAAGCUUGUUGCAAUCAACAGAUCAUAAAGACGAUGAAACGAUUGAAGCACUCGCAGAGGAAACAACUAUUACACCUGAAAUCGAAGGAGAAAUAAAUGAAACAAACAUUGACUUAGGCGAAGAGCCCACAACCAUACAGCCGCCUACAUCGAAAAAGCCAAAAAAGAUUGAAAUCUAUAAAACACGACCCAAUGAACUAUUAAGACAUUAUGUCGAAGACAGUCAUUUGAGGUCACCGAUAGCUGCGUUGAUUGACAAGAAACGAAAUCCAUUAUCGAAAGCAAAGAAAUUAUGGAAAGCUGCAUUGAAACCAAACUCACUUCUUGACAUUAUGGUGGUUUCUUACGACUCAGAAGGAAUUAAAAGCACUUACAAUCUUACCAACACUAGAGCUAUGAUGUCAACGUUGGAUCGAGUAAGAGAAGAAAAUGCAACACAACAAGAAAGUAAAACAUAUUACAGUAUCAUAAGAACGGGUCAAUUAAUUCCAUACGAUAGCGCAAUAUUUCUGUCAACUGACAACUUGCCAAAUGACACUGAACAUCAACAACCUGCUUCGAUGAUUCUUCUGAAGAAAAGAAUUCGUCUUUAUCUUGUGAUUUUUGAUGAAAGAAAUCACACUGUUAACGGAACGUCAACAACAGUUGUAAGGCAAACGGGGUUCCUAGGACAGUUGGCAUUGAGAACAGGUGGUGAUAUAAUUUACGUGCCGAACCAUGCUUUCAAGAGAGAUGGCGAAAUGGGACUGAUUACAUUAAUCGUGGGCAACAGGUUGAAGCCCAUUGAUUCAGAGUUGAAGGAGGUUAACGAGAAUGAGUUGAAAACCGACAACUCGGAUGUCGUAGAUGCGAACGAAGAAACAACUUCCAUUAAUUAAAUUUAAGAAAAUUUGCCUUGAUAUAAUGUUAUGUUUGUUUUAAAUUGAUAUUUUCUUCGGAAAAUUUUCACAAUUAACGAUUGAAUGAGUACAAAACAAAACGAAGAAAUAAAAAAUUGACACAUAAAGAAUAGAAA